AUUAAGGCAAUCAAAAUUAAACGCAGCCAAUCGCUGCUCUCCUGCUCGAGUGCGUGUUGAUUUGGGUUGGAGCGUCUCCUUUAGUCACCGGUCUGCUGUCAUCAAUCCUUCCGACGCUCGACACGUGCGUGUGGAUCUGCAGUCAAUGGAUUUUUACUUUGAGUCAACGCACCUGUGCAGUGAAAGGUUUUUUUUUCUGAAUAGACUUUAAUAUCCGUGAACAAAAACGAAUACGACGUGGAAUAAGAGAAGAAAUAACAUUAAGGAUGAGAGUUUGGUGAAAAGUGCAACUCGAUUGAAUGCGCGGUGCGCUGCUGCAGGACUUCAAAUCAGAAAAAUAACACACACACACACACACACACACACACACACACACACAAACCAACCGGUGUGACCUUUCGUCUUUUUACGAUGGGAAGAGAUGACCGCACUGCUCUCCCAAAAUAAAAAGGUACUAAUAACACAACAAUCAAUACGGAUCGAUCAACGAGGUUGAUUGAGGGGUCCACCUCAAGUCUCUAAACUGGAUCCUACUGCUUGCAUCGAUCAGCGGAUUUGAUUGGUCACCUUCAGACACUUAACACCCUCAAAGGGAGAAGAUGCCGUUCCACCAUGUGACGGCAGGCCUGCUCUACAAGGGGAACUACCUGAGCCGCUCGCUGUCGGACAGUGACAGCGAUGUGCUGGCCAGCAUCUCCGUGGAGGAGCUUCAUGAGAUCCGGGAGGCGUUUAAGGUGCUGGAUCGUGAUGGGAACGGGUUCAUUUCCAAACAGGAGCUUGGUAUGGCCAUGCGCUCUCUGGGCUACAUGCCUAGUGAGGUAGAGCUGGCCAUCAUCAUGCAGAGACUAGACAUGGAUGGUGAUGGACAAGUUGAUUUCGAGGAGUUUAUGACGAUCCUUGGACCCAAACUCCUGUCGUCUGAAACGAGAGAAGGCUUCCUGGGCAGCACAAUAGAUACCAUCUUCUGGCAGUUCGACAUGCAGAGAAUCACUCUGGAGGAGCUGAAACACAUCCUGUUUUACGCCUUCCGCGACCACCUCACCAUGAAGGACAUUGAGAACAUCAUCAUCAACGAGGAAGAGAGCCUGAAGGAAAACUCUGGGAACUGUCAGACAGAGUUUGAGGGAGUUCACCCUUCAAAGAAGAACCGUCAGACGUGCGUGAGGAAGAGCCUCAUCUGCGCUUUUGCCAUGGCAUUCAUCAUCAGCGUCAUGCUCAUCGCGGCCAAUCAGAUGCUGAGGAACGGCAUGGAGUAGCUGCGCCCACUGUGAGCGGGGAACAAGCCAGCCUGCAUGUGCAUGCCAGUGGGUGUGGUCAUUUCCCUGUUGAUAGGAAAAGAACUACAAGGAAUAACACUUAAAAUAACCAUCGACAAAGUCCAUUUUAAAAAUGAUUUUUAGUUUUUUUGAAUGAGUGGCACCUCACCACCUGACAUCCAAUGAAACUGUGAAGCCAGCAUGAGGAGUCUUGCAGGACUCCUCCCCCUUUACUCUGUCAGGGACAUUCAAGGGCUGACAUUACACAUAAUACGCUGUCGUGUCUGUUUCCCUGAUGCAAUAACAAAAAUUGAGUGCAGGAGAUCAGAGCUACUUGCUUUUCCAAGCAGGCCAGAUGUGACUGCAGAUGUGUCACCCACCAGGAGUCUGAUGAGCUACCAAGGCUGCAGUCUGGGCCCUGAAAGGGAAUUAGAGAAGUCCUCGCUGCCACUCAAGUAUCUGUACGCGUCAGGCCACAUCUCCUGCAGCUCCCAGGGCGCUAUGAUACUCCAGCUCUCCGACUUUCUAUUUUCAACUACUGCGUCUGUGGGCUGAAGUGCCGGCAUCAGUUCAUCAGCCCCACACACCAAGCAGUCAAGUGAACAAAAUGUUAAAUGGUAACUCCAGAAGUGGUGUUUUGUCCUCCUGAUAUUCAUGAAUAAACACAGAAGCUCUGGAAGUUUUGGUUUUAGAUUGCCUCUUUCUCCUCAACGCUGUUGGGUGUAUAUAUAUAUAUAUAUAUAUAUAUCAUCUCUCGUGGUGUUCAGUGCACUCCAGGAGUUAUUUUGCAAGGUGAUUGAAUUCAACUUUCUCUCAGUCAGCAUUGUUUCUGCCUCAAUUGGUUAUUUCCUACGUUUCCCAAAAUUACUUUGGACAACCCCCAGAGAAUAAAUUGUGAAACUUUGCAUUCGAAGACAAUCGUAAGAUCAAAAUAGCAAGAGGUUUUCCAGUCAACAAAACUUGAAUUGAACCUUUUACUCUACAUGCAUGUCUUGUGGCCAUGAUGCAUUCUGGUUCCCUGACAGAUUUGAGAGACCUGCAUGUAUGUUGGUGCCAUUACUAAAUUAAGCUGAUACUUAAAAAAAUUUCAUAUUAGUUUGAAAAAGUAUGUGAUACCACAUCAUCUGCAGUGGCCAGUCAUCCUUGGAAAUAAAAACAAUUGACUUAGGGAUCGAAGGCAUAUCACCACCAACACAGGACUAUCUUUGAACAGUGUUGAAGUGCUUCAGGGUGGAUUUUGUUUUGUCCUUCAAAUCCCAACAAAUAUACUUAAUGAUUUACAGCUUAGUGCUGUGAAAAGUUGAAUCCCCUUUAGUUUCCUGCAAAAGUUAUUGCGCUCAAAAACAACUCUAAAGUCAAAUAAUUUAAACGUUUUGCCUUUUGUCUGUUUUAUUAUUUGUUUACUUUAUAUGAAGUUAUACUAAUUUCUUAAUGUAGGAGUUUUGAUCAGUUUCAUAAAUUUCAUAUAUAACAUUAAAAUAAAAAGGUGUGCAAAACUAAGGCAUCAUUUGAUUUGUCCUCUAUUUUUAUUAAUAUUUCAUUUUUCAUUUCAGUUUUUUUUAUUACAAAAACAACUCUUAAUCCAUUAAUGUGUGACUCUUACUGCACUUAAAAAAAUUGAAAUGAAUUCAUCCUUCAACCAAAAUUCUGCAACGAUUUCUUACGCAAAAAUGCAAAAAGAAAAAAGUGUAUCAGUGACAUGCAUACUUUUUUAUUUACUUUCUUUCAUUUUUUUAAACAUGAAACUGUUCCAAUUUGUGUGAUAGAAGACAAUGCAAAGACCACAGAUGAAGAAUUUUGAACCAUGACAAAUUCUGUAAAAAAUUAGGGGCCUUGCAAACUUUCUCACAGCACUGAAGGAUUUCACGACACAUCUUGACUGGUUAAUUCUCGCGGAGGUCGGCUCUGAGCUCCUGCACUGACUCUCAUCUCAACAUGUAAACCCAGCCAGGGGUCACAAACACCCAUGUUAUCAAGUGCAUGCGAUCAAGUCAGUGUCUUCUGUAAAUACUGUAACCCACGUCUGAAGUGUCUCAAGUGUCUGUUGAAGGUGUACAGUAUCUCUGAAUGUGCAUGACUGUCGGUGCUCUCUGCUCACUGGGGUUCAGAGGUGCAGGGAGGGAGAUCAGCAGAUAGAGAGGCACCUGCAUCAUUACAAACACGUCAGACGCAGGUGGCAAAGGCCCUUUCUGCUCCCUCUGAACACUCUUGCCAAAGCCAUAGAAUUCCGCAGAGGUGGACCAGACAACACAUUUCCCUGUUCCUACGUGGAAAUACAAGAUCAAUCUGGCAUUUUGUGGCAGAAAUGUGUCCGUCAUGUCUGAUUUAAUUUGUCCUUGUUAUUGUUUUUGCACUGUACCUGUCAUCCAUUUUGGUGAAAUGAAAAGGAGCGCUUUAUGUUUGUGUGAGAGUGCCAUCUAGAGGUCAAGUGAGUGCGCAUUGUCCCUGUUGUUGUCCCACUACAGUGUGUGUUGUUAGCAUUAUAUUCACAAUGUCUGGCAAUUGUUGAUCUUAAAUGUUAAAAUAUGACGAUUUCUAUGUA